AUGAAUCGUCCUCCCCGAGGAAAUCGCGGUGGUGAGGUGAUUGUUCUAGUCGAAGACAACACAAGUCCGUAUUAUCUUCAUGCUAGUGAUAAUCCGAGUCUCCAGUUGGUUCCUCACUUGUUGAUUGGUUCUAACUACAUCAAUUGGAGUAGAUCUGUCGUCACAGCCUUGAUUGCUAAGAACAAACUCUCGUUUGUCAAUGGAUCACUUCCUCGACCUCUAAUUGAUGAUCUCUUGUCUCCUUCAUGGAUCAGAUGCAAUAGCAUGGUGAUUUCCUGGCUUCGUAAUUCAGUUUCUCCUCAGAUAUGUCCGAGCAUAAUGUACAUUGAAGAUGCUCAUGAGCUUUGGCUGGAUCUACGAGAUCGAUUCUCUCAGAUCGACUCAGCUCGAUCUUAUCAACUCAAACAACAACUUAUGUUCCUCACACAAGGUAGUUCGAAUGUGAAUACUUAUUUCACAAAUCUCAGAAUUGUUUGGGAUGAGUUUAAGCAUUCUCAACCUCUUGCUUGGUGCACUUGUACUACUUGUCGUUGUGAUAGUGCUUCAAAGUGA